AUGGCAGACCGAUUCCCAUCGUUGGACGAGUUUGAUGCUGGCCAAACCGAAGCAAAGGGCGAUGCGACUCUAGACAACCUCGAUUCAGCAGACACCUCCGAUUUCCUGGCUCGUGAGCGCGCGGCUCUGGGAGAGGAUGCCGAUCAAUUCACGACCGCUGAGGACAAGACCGCAACCGUUGCUGAUGCAGGUGACGAUGACCUGCUGGGAGGAAGUGGUCCUACAAAUGGCGAUGCUGUUGGAGGUGACAUGAUGGGCGACUUUGAGUCGUCAUUCCCUGCCGUUGAUACGUCCAACGAAGCCGUCGCGCCUGGAGGAAGCAUCACUGGCUCGACUAUGCCUUACCGCGCACCUCAGACCUCCGAAUACCAAGAAUACGAGGACGAGCCGGAAGUGUUGCGGGAAUGGCGCGAACGUCGAGACCUGCAGAUCCAGCACCGUGACGAGGUUUCGGCGUCGAAGAAGGCAGAGACGGUCAAGGCGGCACAGCAGGCAAUUGACGAGUUCUACGAGAACUACAACAACAAGAAGGACAAGCAGAUCGCACAAACACGAAAGGAAGCUGAGGAGUUCUUGAAGAACCGGGAAGACACUACUGCGGGUGGUACCAGCUGGGAACGCAUUGCCAAGCUCGUAGAUCUCAGCGGCAAGGGCACGACUGGUGGUGCUGCUGGUAGUGGAAAGGCCAAGAUGAGGGAGCUGCUGAUCAGCUUGCGGAAAGACGAGAAGGCCCCAGGCGCCACCGGCUAUUAA